AUGAGAGAAGUCAUCUCCAUCAAUGUCGGUCAGGCUGGUUGCCAGAUUGCAAACUCUUGCUGGGAGCUUUAUUGCCUUGAGCAUGGCAUUCAGCCUGAUGGAUACUUGACUGAGGAGCGCAAAGCCGCCGAUCCGGAUGAGGGUUUCAGCACUUUCUUCUCCGAGACUGGACAAGGCAAAUAUGUCCCCCGAACCAUUUACUGUGAUCUCGAGCCCAAUGUAGUCGACGAGGUCCGAACAGGUACAUACCGCAGCUUGUUCCAUCCCGAGCAAAUGAUCACUGGAAAGGAGGAUGCCAGCAACAACUACGCUCGUGGUCACUACACUGUCGGAAAGGAGUUGAUUGACCAGGUCCUGAACAAGAUUCGCCAAGUCGCGGACAACUGCUCUGGUCUUCAAGGUUUCCUCGUCUUCCACUCCUUCGGUGGUGGAACUGGUUCUGGUUUCGGUGCUCUUCUUAUGGAGCGUCUGUCAGUCGACUUCGGCAAGAAGGUCAAGCUUGAGUUCUGUGUUUACCCAGCGCCUCAAACUGCCACCUCGGUUGUUGAACCAUACAACUCGAUUCUUACAACACACACCACCCUCGAGCACUCCGACUGUUCUUUCAUGGUCGACAACGAGGCUAUCUACGACAUCUGCCGCAGAAACCUUGGUCUUGAGCGCCCCAACUACGAGAACUUGAACCGUCUGAUUGCUCAAGUUGUCUCUUCCAUCACCGCUUCUCUCCGUUUCGACGGAUCCCUCAACGUUGAUUUGAACGAGUUCCAAACCAACUUGGUGCCAUACCCACGUAUCCAUUUCCCUCUGGUCGCCUACUCCCCAGUUGUUUCCGCCGCCAAGGCAUCCCACGAGGCAAACUCUGUCCAGGAGAUCUCCAUGUCAUGUUUCGAGCCAAACAACCAGAUGGUGAAGUGUGAUCCUCGAAACGGAAAGUACAUGGCAACUUGCCUCCUGUACCGCGGUGAUGUUGUCCCCAAGGAUGUUCACGCUGCUGUCGCCACUCUCAAGACGAAGCGCACUAUCCAAUUCGUCGACUGGUGCCCAACAGGUUUCAAGAUUGGUAUUUGCUUCCAGCCUCCUCAGAUGGUCCCCAACGGUGAUCUUGCCAAGGUCAACCGUGCCGUCUGUAUGCUUUCCAACACCACCGCCAUCGCCGAGGCCUGGUCCGCUCUAUCUCACAAGUUUGAUCUCAUGUACUCCAAGCGUGCCUUCGUACAUUGGUAUGUCGGUGAGGGUAUGGAGGAAGGUGAAUUCUCUGAGGCUCGUGAGGAUCUUGCCGCACUUGAGCGCGAUUAUGAGGAAGUUGCUACGGAUUCCAUGGAGGGUGAUGAGGGUGCCGAGGCUGAGUACUGA